AAGUGUACAGGCUGGUCCUCUGUCAGUUCUGGUACAUUCCUGGAGUUUCUAAUCAGCCUAAAUGGCCCAUUCCCUGUUGCUUCGCUGGAUCGUGCUACAGCUGUAUAUAGCACACGGUGUGUCCACGAUAGUGAGAGCGAAGGUGGGGCAGUCUGUCAGGCUACCCUGCACCUACAGCGUUAGAGAAACGCAUGACCUCAAUGUCAUGUGCUGGGGCCGGGGGAUCUGUCCGUCCUCUAAAUGCAGCAGUGAAAUUGUUCGCACUGAUGGGCAGAAGGUGAUAUCUAAACAGUCUGGCAGAUACCAACUCCAGGGUCCUAUCACCAAAGGGGAUGUGUCUCUGACUAUAAGAAAUGUGGACCCCGAAGACAGAGGAGCAUACUGCUGUCGCAUAGAGAUCCCUGGAUGGUUCAAUGAUAUCCAACGAAACCUGAAUUUGCAGGUUUACAGAGCACGCACUACUCCCGCAAAGACAACCACAACUGCCCUCCCAACAUCCACUACUCUGCCCCUGAUAACCACUAUUGCACUCCCAACACCCACUGCUCCCCCAACGACAACCACAACUGCCCUCCCAACAACCUUUCCUUCCCUGACAACCAUUUUUCAGACAGCUUCUGCGUGCACUGAAGAUGAUGAUUUCAUUUUUUUCACAACAGAACAUGUUCUCCCUACUGCAGAAUCACCAACUACAGUUCUGAUCUCCGAGAGGACUGAAAAUGUCGAUCCUGCUUUCAUUACAGAAGGUGUUCUCAGUACAGUGACUGCAGCUGCCGCUGUCCAAACAUCUACUGUGAGGCCUGAUCAUGUUCACACAUCCACAGACAAUCCAUUUGCUACAGGGACAGUUCCCCCAGUUACGGUCCGGACAGUCCCUGAGGCGAGUGAAGUGAAUGCUAUUUCUGACGCUACAUUUCCCUUGACAUCUGCGGGAGACUCGGUGAAAGAGGGACUCAGUGAAGAGACUUCAAAAGAUUCAAAACUCCAGUCAGAGGAAAGUGUAGAUAAUCCAGCACAGCACCUACAGAAUGAAAUUCCAACAGUAAUCAUCAGUGUGGUAGUGACGGUCAUUCUUCUCUUCACAUUCUUGCUGGUAGUGUUAUUGACAUAUAAACGCUCGAGGAAGUAUCAACUGCAUAUGAUAAAAAGCUCAGACUUAUCUGGAGAACAAAUUCCCAAUGGAGUAGAAGAAGAGAAUACCCUUUUGACACUGCAGCAGAUACCUGACGGCCAUUCAGUAUCACAGGGAACAUGUCACGAUCCUGUGGAAUCCAGCAUCUAAAAGAGGCUCUUUCAUGCUAGGCUGGAAAAUAAGGAUUAAUUCCUUGCUAACCCUGGAAAUAAUGAUGGGUACAAACCAAAACCCAGAUCCAAACACCUGAACUGCGGGGACUUUAAAACCUAGAAGCAGAUUUUACUCAAAGGUUUUUAGGCACCUAACUUCCAGGGGAUCCCCUGAGGAUCUGGGCCUUUUCCUCUUGAGACAUCUUUAAAACUGCUGGAUAAAGUGGCCUCUAUUAGAAGAUAUUUUACCCAUCGCUUGCAUCUCAGAAUUCUUAGUCUCUUAAACCCCAACCCUGGAACUGCUUGCUUAUGAGUAACUUCAAAGCACAUGAGUAAUCUUGCUGAAGUAACUGGACUACACAUAUGCUUAGGAUCUGAGCCUUAUUUACUAAUAACAGCAGGGGCGCUGGAACAAUUUGUAUAGUGGGGUGCUGAGAGCCAUUGAACCAAACUGUAAACCCUGUAUGUGAUGGAAACCACUUGAAGUCAGGGGGUGCUGUAUUACUGCUGGAAUAGAGUUUACCGUUCCCUAUAUUCUCCUAACCUGACUGCCUGAAUACAU